AUGGAAUGCGGAAACAUGGGUCUGUUCGACCGCGGAGUCCAGAUGCUGCUGACCACGGUGGGAGCCUUCGCGGCCUUCAGCCUCAUGACCAUCGCGGUCGGCACGGACUACUGGCUGUACUCGCGCGGCGUCUGCAGGAGCAAGUCCAUGAGCGAGAACGAGACCAGCAAGAAGAACGAGGAGGUGAUGACCCACUCGGGCCUCUGGAGGACGUGCUGCUUAGAAGGAAACCUCAAAGGGAUGUGUAAACAGAUAGACCACUUUCCUGAUGAAACGGACUACCAAGCGGACCCGUCUGAUUACUUCUUACGUGCGGUGCGAGCCUCCAGCAUCUUCCCCAUCCUCAGCGUCAUCCUGCUCUUCAUGGGGGGCCUGUGCAUAGCUGCCAGUGAGUUCUACAAGUCGCGCCACAACAUCAUCCUCAGCGCGGGGAUCUUCUUUGUGUCCGCAGGCCUGAGCAACAUCAUCGGGAUCAUCGUGUACAUAUCAGCCAACGCGGGGGACCCUUCGAAAAGCGACUCGAAGAAGAACAGCUACUCUUACGGCUGGUCCUUCUACUUCGGGGCCCUGUCCUUCAUCAUGGCUGAGAUGGUGGGCGUCCUGGCCGUGCACAUGUUCAUCGACCGCCACCGACAGCUCCGAAUAGGGGCGCGCGCCGCCGACUACCUCCAAGGCUCCGCCAUCACGCGAAUCCCCAGCUACCGCUACCGCUACAGGCGUCGCUCGCGCUCCUCCUCCCGCUCCACGGACCCGUCGCACUCCCGCGACACCUCGCCGGUGGGCCUCAAGGGCUUCAGCGCGCUGCCGUCCACGGAGAUCUCCAUGUACACGCUGCCCCGGGACACCCUCAAGUCCUCCGGCACGGCCACCUACAACUCGGAGAGGGACCAGAACUUCCUGCAAGUCCACAACUGCACCCAGAAGGACCUGAAAGACUCGAGCCAGACCAACACAGCCAACCGCCGCACCACGCCGGUAUGA